AUGUAUAUCAUAUCUAUUCUCACGUUUUGGCUGUUACUUGUGCCUUCGAUUGUUGGGACGGAGCCCCCCACCCCUGAUCUAAAGAUUGAGAAGUUAUUCUUGUUCAAAGAAGCACCUGGAAAGGGCAAUUGUGGCGACCAUUUCCCAAAUCCACUCGGUAAAUUUUUAACCGAAAGCAGAGCCAUGGUCGACGCUGGUCUCCAAGCGCUGACCCAUGCCGCGGACCCCUCAUCCAAGGAAUCUAAAAUUGCCCAACGCUAUCUCAAGUCGUACUUCGGCGUUAAAAUUGGAGAUGAAAAGUCAGGUUUGAUCAAGAAAAACCUCGAGGCAGUACAGAACUUUAUGAAGGGGAAUUCGAAGCAUGAACGCACCCCACGUUUAUACUGCGAUGACACGUGGCUCGAGAGGCUGUCUAGAACGAAUGCAGCUUGGAACACCGAAGAAGGAACAGAAGGGUCAAGAAAGGAGAUUAUGGAAGAAGGUCCGAACGGACUUGUUCAUAAGAAAAUUGAGGAUAUUAAGGACUAUCGCCCGUUUCUGUUUACAGAAGACGAAAAAACUGGCCAGUAUGUGAGCAAUGGCAACGCUCCUUACUGGUCAGAUGAUUUGCAUGAAUAUGUUUUUCAGGAGGAUUACGGGGAUAAGUCUUAUUGCACCAAACCAGGGCUCGACGGGAAAACAAAUCUUGCAGGAACGCAAGAUCAAAGCGAACCCUCCACGGUCACGUUGUGUCCUCUUAGCUUUAGUAAUCCCCAGGCUAUCGAUUCCCUUGGCUCAAAAACACCCACAGCAGGCAUGUCAAUCCCCGAGUUUCUCCCGAAAAGUGCAACUUUCUACCAUGAGCUUUUCCAUCUCGCCAUUGAUGUGUUGACAACACCUGAUCCUUUCUACUCGUGGAAAGAAAUUCAAGCUGUGCUCAAGAAGCCCACUGGCAGACCGAGAAAGUAUGCGCCUUUGAAUAAUCAUAAUCUCGUGUGCCAAAACCCCGAGACCUAUGUCUUCUUCAGCGUGGGGUACUGGAAUUUCCUGCAAACCAACUGGAAUGACAAACAGAGCAACGCAAAUAAACGAUGGAGCUUCCAAUCCGGCGUAGCUCAGUUGGUCCAGAUAGACUGA